UUCGGGGCUCAUUCGCCCCCCAACUCCCGGCUCCGCAGGCCCCAUGGCUGCCUCCGCCCCCGACCUCUCCUCCCUGCUGCCGCCCUACAAGCUGCGAGCCCUGGCCCGGGCUUGGUUGGAGGAAGACGCCCCCAGCCCGGACCCGGCCUCCUCGGUGGUGGGUCUGGCCCCACGGCGCGCCGAGCUGCUCUGCAAAUCGGAAGGGGUGCUGGCGGGCUGCCCCUUCGCCGAGGCGGCCUGGGGGGAGGCCGGGUGCCGGGUGAGCUGGCGGGUGGCCGAGGGCUCCCCGUUGCCCCCCGGGAGGACGGUGGUGGCCGAGGUGGAAGGUCCCGGCGCCGGGUUGCUGUUGGCCGAGCGGGUGGCCCUCAACUGCCUGGGGCGCUGCAGCGGGGUGGCCACGGCGGCCGCCCGGGCGGUGGCGGUGGCCCGAGGGGCCGGUUGGACGGGGACGGUGGCCGGGACCCGCAAGACCACGCCCGGCUUCCGAUUGGCUGAGAAAUACGCCCUGGCGGUGGGCGGGGGACCCCACCGCCACGGUCUGGGGGGGCUCCUGAUGCUGAAGGACAAUCACCUGCUGGCCGCCCGCGCCCCACUGGAGCAGGUGGUGGGGGAGGGGCGGCGGGCGGGGGGCUUCAGCCGGCGCCUGGAGGUGGAGGCGUCUUCGGCGGCCGAAGGCCUGAGAGCGGCCGCGGCCGGCGCCGACAUCGUCCUCCUGGACAACUUCACCCCCCAGGUCCGUCCCCCGCCCCAUAAGGUCUGCGGGCGGGCGGCGGCGGCCAUCAAGGCCUCGCACCCGCGGGUGACGGUGGAGGCCAGCGGCGGCAUCACCCCCGAGACCCUGCCCCACUUCCUGGGGCCCCACGUCGACGUGGUCUCCAUGGGGUGCCUGACCCACGGCGCCGCCGCCCUCGACUUCGCCCUCCGCGUCCUGCCGGGGGGGGGACGGGACGCCCUGAGAGCCCCCCACCCCGCCAUCAGCCGCCGCGCGACCGGGGGUGACGGCGACCACGGCCGGGACCUGCCCCGCCCUCGGUGGGACCCCCCCGCCCCCCUCCGGGGGACCCCAACAUCCACCUCCCCCCACCGGUGGGACCCCAACAUCCACCUCCCCCCCCCGGUGGGACCCCAACAUCCAUCUCUACCCCAUGGUGGGACCCCAACAUCCAUCUCCAGGCCCUUGGUGGGACCCCAAAAUCCACCUCUACCCCAUGGUGGGACCCCAAAAUCCACCUCUACCCCAUGGUGGGACCCCACCCCACGUCCAGGAGACCCCAAAAUCCAUCUCUACCCCAUGGUGGGACCCCAAAAUCCAUCUCCAGCCCUUGGUGGGACCCCACCCCACAUCCAGGAGACCCCAAAAUCCAUCUCUACCCCAUGGUGGGACCCCACCCCACAUCCAGGAGACCCCAAAAUCCACCUCCACCCUUUGGUGGGACCCCAAAAUCCAUCUCUACCCCAUGGUGGGACCCCAAAAUGCACCUCCAGCCCUUGGUGGGACCCCAACAUCCAUCUCUACCCCAUGGUGGGACCCCAAAAUCCACCUCCAGCCCCUGGUGGGACCCCACCCCACGUCCCCCCACCGUCAUCCCGGGGACCCCCCCCAACCCCACCUUGACCCCCCUCCCCCGCCAUGUUGUGUUCUCCCCCUCCCCCCAAUAAACCCCUCCCCCACCUUCCC